AAACACCUCCACCCCGCAUCUGGGCAUCUCCCCAACCUCAGCACAAGCGGCGGCCACCGGGUUCCUCCGCCACGUCCGCGUCAGCGCCACCGGGCACCAGCCCUUCUCCGCCAUCAUGCCCCAUCCUCGCCGCCAUCGUUGAUGUGCACUACCUCUUCCGCCUCCCGCCCGUCCUGCUCAUCGCGGUGGCCGGAUUCGACACCGCCAGGCACCAGCCUCGCCUCGCGGAUCUCGGCGCAUGCCUCCUCUCCUGAGGUCUGAGGACAACGAGCAGGGCCUCAUCCUCGAGUCCCUCCGCCACGCCCGCGAUGUCGUCCUUCAGUGUGUGGCCAUGGUGGCUCGCAAGGGCAGCAGCGCAGCAACGGAGGACGAGGCGCUGCGACAUGUGGCCAGGGAGGUCGCCUGAUGCCUUGGUGGCCUGGGGUGGGACGCCCUGCCUGCGGGACCUUAGCUUUACCUCGCACAGGAAGAAGCCCGCCAACGAGGACCCCAAGGCCGCCGUCCACGAACCACGGGCUCCAAUCCUCCACGACGCCCUUGACAGGAGCUUCAGCGCCUACAUCCACAACAUCGCUGCCGUUGACAACCUCUUCUUCGACCAGUCCCCAAGCUCUAUCAGAUACGUCACCUCUGAGGCUUCUCCUCGCAAGAGCUAUGUGCAUCGAAGAUGCUUGAUGAAAUGACCAGGUUCACAGUGAAGUAUUCGUCAGAGAUAAGGAGCAGUGAGGUACUAAGGGAUUUGUCGUCAAUGCAUCGAUUAAUCGGUGCAAUUGCAACUGGAGGUGGUGUGGUGAUACGACCAAUCAACUGGAGUUAUAUGAAGAAAGGACUCACUAUCUUGUUAGAUGUUCUAUUGGAUGCGCCUGCAAGAAGGAUUGCUGCAGUGCGUACAGCUUCACGGCCUCCUCUUGCAUCAGGAAUCUGGUGAUCCUUAUACAAUGGUAGGUAGCUACUGCCUACUGGUGCUUCUUUUGUUCACGAGGCGUUAGUAAUUACUCAAAGGAAAUCUUAAGUGCUAUGUUAUAGAUGCUUUGGUCAUUAUUGAUCUUGUAAAUGAAAUGAACAAAUAUAUGGUUAGAACUUGGGUGAUGCAUCCGCUGUGCUAAUCUGCUGUGCUUGUUUCAGUUUCAGUCAUUCUAUUUGUAUAAACAAUCUUAGUUACACUCUAUUCUUAUUUGUACAAAUCCACCUGUCCACCAGUAACCAGUUGCAGAUGCUUGGACCCUGAUCCUUACACCUUUUGCAGCAAUAUGCACCCUGAUCCUAGUACCGAGGUUGGUUAUGUGCCAUUCUUAUUUGGUUGAAUGUAAUAUAUCAUACAUGUCUGAUUCAGCCUAACUUGGCACAUGGCUGCUUGACUUUACAUUUGUUUGAGGAGUGAGCUUUGUCUGGUGAUUAUGUUUAGCCACUCGUGCUUUAGCUUAGAUUUGCUGCAUCAAUUCAGUUGCUCGCCCUAUGGCUUCGAUUACUUGCUUGUUUCCAAAUAGGACUCGGCUAAUCUUGGAACAGAGUAAGAUUGUGUUGUACUCACCAUUGUGUGUUUCCCUUCCUAAAUGUAGUUGCAUAUUAUGUUUCCAGGACAAGAAGAUCCGGCAUGAGGAAAGGAUGGAGCAAAGAUACUAGGCCAUAUGUUGUUGGAUGCUAACGCGAAGCAUGUUCAAGCUUCUAUAACUGCAAUAGUUCAGAAAUUUGUAGUUCCAAAUUGACUGGAAUUCUGUAACUUGAAUUGUAUUGUGCAAACGAUGGAACUUGUGUGAUGUUUUUGAAUGGAUAAAACUAAAUGCAAUAUAUGUCUGCUGCAGAA